AUGUCCGCAUCCUCACAGCGCAAAGAGACGGAGAUCAAGAUUCCCUUCCCCUCGCGCUCCGACCACAAGAUCGAUCUCGCAGGCAUCCUCUCGCAGCAUGAUCCGUCCUCCUCAGCAGUGCGUCGUCCCCUGGCUCUGAUCUUGCACGGCGUCCUCUCCCACAAGUCCCAAUCCUUUCACCCUCUCCUCGCCUCGUCCCUCCCCAUUGACUCGCUGCGCUUCGAUUUCAGAGGCAAUGCUGACUCGCCGCUGCUCGAGGGCCAGGAAUGGGAUAUGGCUGGAUUCCACGAGGAUUGUCGUGAUUUGGACGCCGUCGUCGAAUGGAUGGAGGAAGAGUAUGGCUACCAGGUCGAAGCUAUCAUCGGGCAUUCACGCGGGAGCCUCAUUGGGUGGAAAUGGAUGAGUGAGGCUUAUGGAGAUGAUGAUUUGCAAGGUGGUAGCACUGUAGACAACGAGGAGAGGCGGUGGAUUCAGAAGAGAAGACAACGAGGAGCAGGCAGCGGGAGAGCACCGCCAGCGUGGGUCAGUCUGUGUGGACGAUGGAACAUGGAUAGGAUACACGAUCGCGAUCAGGUGUAUGCGGAGCAAUUCAAGGACAAGGGCUUUUUUGAGUGGAAGGCCAAAGUAGCUGGGAAGCAAGUCACCGCCCGCGUCACUCCUGCUGCAGUAGAAUCCUUCGCCUCCUACCCAAUUGCUUCUUACGUCUCUCGGUACCCCUCACACUCCCCGCCACUCCUCAUCCACGGCACCUCAGACGAGACGGUCCCCUCUGCCGAUGUCGGGUAUUACAUCAAUGGCCUCUCCGCCAAGCAUGCACGCACUCAGUCGGGGACGGGCUCGACGUGGGGUCAAGUCCACCUGGUCGAGGGAGCGAAUCACAUGCUGCGCGGCAAGUACGACGAGGUGGUGGCGGUCAUCAAGCAGUGGUACGAAGCGCAACGGCGGGGGUCAAGUAAUGAGGAUGGCCCGCAGAUGGCACUGGAGGCUAGCCAGGAGGGGGAUGUGCUGGAGAGAAGCUGGAAUGAGACGGGUGCGGGCAAAGGGAAGCUCUAG